ACUUAUCAGUCACCAAGUUUAGUUACACACUUUCUUCCGGGAGGGUGGGAGGGGUGAAGGAAGAGAUGGUGGACCUUCAGAGGGAGGCUGGUGAGCUGACGUUGACUCUCUGUGCUGCACUGAUCUGGAUCUUUGCCUUCAGCGUAUCAACAGUGAGCUGCCAGAUUAACAUCAAGGGUUUAAUUGGAGAAGAUGUCCUGUUGCCCUGCAUCUACAAUGGGAGGAACUCUAUCCCAGAGGAUGUUUCCUUGCUCUGGUGGGACAAGCAGAAAAAAGUCCUGUUAACCCUCGUCAACGGCACCCCAGUUUCUAGAGUCCAGCACCAGAACUUCAGAGGUCGAGUGGUCACGUUCUCUGAUCUGUACAGGAGAGGAAACUUCUCCAUCGUCCUGCAGAACGUCCAGCAGUCGGACAGUAACGACUACACCUGCAAUGUGCCACAGGUUUACUUCCAGCGGAACAUCACACUGACUGUCUCAGGUAAAAGGUCAUUGGUUCCUGCUCUUAAAUCAAAAGGUUUUGACACCAUGACCACCAAGGUUCUAACACCACAGUUAAACCAAACUUCCUCCAUCUCAUCCUGCCUCCAUCUCAUCCUGCUUCUCAUCCUUCUGUCCUUCUCUGGCUAAAACUGCCCCGAUGCUUAAAUCAGUUUUAAUAAGAACUGAUCAACAUAUCCAAGAAAACCACAAUCCUGUUUUUCUCUGGACUUUACAACAAAACGUCACCUCAGACUCUGACAAAAUGACCCGAACAUUUUUAGUAUUUUCUGAUCAGUUCUAGUCAAAAGAUAAUUGAUUGGUUGAUAAUGAAAUCUUCUUGUUUUCUUGAGGCCACUUUAUUGACACGUCGGGUAAAAACAUUCGACAGAUCACUGGGAACCAUUACAUAAUAACCCCAGUAAACUGAGGCAGGAAAUCAGGCAAAGCUAACUGAUGCUUCCAGAGCACACAAAAAAGACAGACUGAUUGUUAUUUCACUUAUUAAUGCUCUUUUCAGAGCAUAACUUAGUUCACGCACUUAACGCAAACAUUUUAAAGUAACAUCUUCAUUGUCAUCAUUGAUUGAUCAUCAUUGUGUUUUUAUUGUGAGUUUUUCCUGAUCCACGUCAAAAUAAACAAAAAAACAAACAAACAAACAAAAAAACCACUGAAAUGUUGUCAGGUUUUUUAUUCUAAAAUGAAAACUGGAGUUAAAACAGUACAAAUAUCUGGUGUUCGCGGGAGGUGCCCCCCUCGGGCCCCACAGUUUGCCUACUUUUACUUUCACUUUUACUGUGCUGAUAAUCUUCUUGGGAGUUGAGAUUCUGCCAAAAAUAUCAGUUAAAAACCAAGAGAAGCAGCAUUUUCUGCAGCCAGAGGAGAAAGAUGAUGAUGAUGGAGCCUCAGAGGACUCUGAGCAUGUGGACACUCUGCGCUGCACUGAUCUGGAUCUUCAACAUACCAACAGCGAGCUGCCAGGUCGAUGUUGAGGGUUUUAUUGGAGAAGACGUCCUGUUGUCCUGCAUCUACAACAACAGCACCUCUGUCUUGGAGAAAGUCUUCAUCUACUGGUUGGAUGGAGACAACAGAGUCAUGUUAGAGAUCGUCCAAAGCGCUCCAGACUUUGGCCCCCAGCACUACAAAUUCAGAGGUCGUGUGGUCACGUUCCCUGAUCUGUACAGGAGGGGAAACUUCUCCAUCGUCCUGCAGAACAUCCAGCAGGUGGACGACAGCACCUACCACUGCCACGUAGAGCCGGUGGACUUCCAUCAGGUCAUCAGACUGACUGUCUCAGGUAAACGUCCUGAGAUACCAUCAUAUCAAGAACUAUUUGAUGAUCUAACACUGUACCUCCCCCAACUGGCUGUGCUCCUUAUCCCUCUGCUACUCUGUUGUUAUUGUUGCUGGUGGUGUUGCUGUAGCUGUCAGAGACAAUCUCGCUGAUUGAGACCGUGGGAACGCCUUCUCCUUUUUCAUCAUCCGAUGCUUUUCACCCCGCCUUCAACUGUGGAGUAAAUCAGAAACAAGUUCGGACAAUGUGUUGUGUGAAGCUUUCUGAGCUUUCAUUGGUUGUAAGCCGGGACAAGGUGUUGAUGUGGUGGCAGCUUUUUAUAACAGACAGAUGACAAAUUACAGGGCAACUCUGGCUCCAGGCUUAUGAACACACUGGGUUUUACUUUCAUUACUUACAUAAUCUAAAUAAGAUUCUAAGAGUCAUUUACAAGCUUCUGAUGGUCAUUUAGGGAGUUUCAGGAUGUUUGAAUUGUUGAUAGAUUUUUCUUGGGGUUGUUUAGAAGUUUUUAAUUGUCAUUGAUGAUUCCUGCACCAAACCAAGUCACAGUCUGAGAGACCAGGCCUGAAACUUCAAAUAAAUGUCCACAGUUUUAUUUACUUUUCCUUCUGAGUAAAAACAAAGUCUUAAAAUGUUUUCUAAAAAUGUUUAUGUAGCAUCUGAUGGGUAGAAACCACAGAUCCAGGUUUGUUUAAUAGUGAAAUAAAAACUGAAGCUAAAGGUU